CUCAACAGGUUGUGCUGUGUGUAGGAGGGUUUGUAACUUUAGUCUUACUGCUAAUUCUAUUCUCUUUUUCUGGCAUGUUUUGGUUUUAUUGUGACAGGACAGAUCAGAAUUGACAGGAAGUGAAGUGUGGGGUGGAUCAGAAAGGUCCUCGUGUCAGGAUUAGCACAAUAACAGUGCUGUAUGUUGGCGCACUGCAAGGCUAUCAGCGCUGACUGCAGAUUAUAUUCUUUAUUGUUCAAAUUUAAUGUGAUGACAUGUUAAAGUAUAUGUUAAAAUAUUUAGACCGCUGAGUUACACUUAAAGGGUUAGUUCACCCAAAAAUGAAAAUUCUGUCAUUCUGCCAAACCUGUAAGACCUUCGUUCAUCCUCAGAACACAAAUUAAGAUAUUUUGAUUAAACCCGAGAGCUUUCUGACCCUCAAUAGACAGCAAGGGAACUGAACCGUUCAAGUCCCAGAAAUGUAUGCUGAUGUCCUUCAUCCACGCUUCACUCACUCAAGAGAGACCAAAACCUGUAGUGAAGGUGACUCCAGAUCAGCGUGUGUUCAGCGGAGAGACAGUCACUCUCACAUGUGACAUACAGCCAGCAGGACACAUUCAGUGGAGAUACAGCUGGUUUAAAGAUGGAGACACUCAGUAUCCAUACACAACAACAACAACAGCAGAGUUCAGUUUCACAGCUUCUGUGUCUGAUAGCGGUGAAUACAGCUGUAGAGGAGAGAGAUCAGACUCACAGAGAUCAGACAUCAGUGCUGCUGUUACACUGACUGUAUCAGAUUCACCCACAUCUACACUGACUGUGACACCAAACUAUCCUGUAUUCACCGGAGAGACAGUCAAUCUGACCUGUGUUAUAGAGUCUCACAGUAACUGGAGAUGGAGAAAUAGCCUGACAUAUGACUGGAGAUCAGACUGGACACCUGAGUGGAGAUAUGAGUGGUAUAAAGACAGUGUAAUGUUACAGACGUCUGAUCGUUACACUGUAAACAGAGACACUCUCACUAUCAGAGGAGCUACUGAGUCUGAUCAGGGUCAGUACUGGUGUAGAGGACAGAGAGAUGAAAGACCAAAAUCAUCACAAUCAAGCUCUGUUUCUCUCUCUGUGAAGGAUUUACCCAGAUCUACACUGACUGUGACACCAGACAGUCCUGUAUUCACUGGAGAGACAGUCAAUCUGACCUGUGCUAUAGAGUCUGGUCACAGUGACUGGAGAUAUGAGUGGUUUAAAGGAAGUACAUACUACAGUUCAAAGUUACAGCCGUCUGAUCGUUACACUGUAAACAGAGACACUCUCACUAUCAGAGGAGCUACUGUAUCUGAUCAGGAUCGGUUCUGGUGUAGAGGACAGAUAAGAUCAGUCUCAUCAUAUUUAAGCUCUGCUGUUUAUAUCUCUGUGAAAGAUUCACCCAGAUCUACACUGACUGUGACACCAGACAAUCCUGUAUUCACUGGAGAGACAGUCAAUCUGACCUGUGUUAUAGAGUCUCACAGUAACUGGAGACGGAGAAAUAGCCUGACAUAUGUCUGGAGAUCAGACUGGACACCUGAGUGGAGAUAUGAGUGGUAUAAAGACACAGACAGUGUAAUGUUACAGACGUCUGAUCGUUACACUGUAAACAGAGACACUCUCACUAUCAGAGGAGCUACUGAGUCUGAUCAGGGUCAGUACUGGUGUAGAGGACAGAGAGAUGAAAGACCAAAAUCAUCACAAUCAAGCUCUGUUUCUCUCUCUGUGAACGCUUUACCCAGAUCUACACUGACUGUGACACCAGACAGUCCUGCAUUCACUGGAAAGACAGUCAAUCUGACGUGUGUUAUAGAGUCUCACAGUGACUGGAGAUAUGAGUGGUUUAAAGGUGGAAACAACAGAGUAAUGUUACAGUCGUCUGAUCGUUACACUGUAAACAGAGAAACUCUCACUAUCAGAGGAGCUACUGAGUCUAAACAGGGUCAGUACUGGUGUAGAGGACAGAGAGAUGAAAGACCAAAAUCAUCACAGGAGAGUAACCAAAUAAAUCUGUCUGUUAAUGCAGCUUCAUCUCGUCUUCUGGUCACUGGAGUGGUUUUGGGAUUGUGGUGCUUGUUGAUCUUCAUCUCACUGCUGCUGCUGCUGUGGAGAUACAAGAAGAACAAAGAUCAGCAGCGUAACAUUAACCAGACAUCAGUCCCAAAUCAAUCUGGAGAAUCUCAACCAGAAAACUCUCCUCUACAGUCUGCAGAUCCUGAUCACAUUUAUGAUGACGUGACUGAAGUGAAGAAGAGACACAAAGAUGAUCCAGAGUCAUAUUGGGAGGUCAUAUAUUCAGAGGUCACUGUUCAGAAAGAGAUAUCUGUGGAUAAAGAUGAUCGCAUGGCAGAGUCAAAUGAAGUGACAUACUCAGAAGUCAGAACAAAAGUACAGAAAUGCAAAAGCAAAGGUCCCUGAGUUCAGUGAAGACAGCAGACGGCUGAAAGAGAUUCACAGCAGCAGACACAGUAACGCUUGCAUUGCUUCAGAAAUCAAUCUGAGUGAACUGCUUCUGCACAUGCUUGACUGAAAUACUUGAGAGAUACGCACUGUAUUAUCUGUACACAUGCAAGCAAACAAAUCUAUCUAUAAUAUAGUAAAACACUUUUACCAGUGAGCACUUUUGUUCCAAGAAUAAUAUAUAGAAUAAAAAUAAAAAAAUAUUAUAGAAUAAAUAAUAUAAAAUAUUAAACUGUAAUUAGCCUUAGGUUGAUGGUUAAAUAUAUGUUUUUGUUUUGUCUUACAAAAUAAUGCUUGUGUUUUUGCCAAUUCUUUUUUUUUUUUUUAACAUAUCCACAUACUGCUUUUUACAUUCAUAUAUUUUUUUAUACUUUUUUUGCAGUUAAUGAAGUGAGUUUUAUAUUAAAUAAAUAAAAAU